AUGAGCCGCUGGCCGCAGUGCCAGGGCGACCCCAACGGCACCGAGCCCGGCGCCAUGCGGCAGCGGGGCAACGCGACGGGGCGGGCGGCAGAGGGCUGCGGCGCCGUCUCGGUGGCGUUCCCGCUGACCAUGAUGGUCACGGGCAUCGUGGGCAAUGCCCUGGCCAUGCUGCUGGUGUCGCGCAGCUACCGGGCCAAGGAGAGCCGUCGGAAGCGAUCCUUCCUGCUGUGCAUCGGCUCCCUGGCGCUCACCGACCUGCUGGGACAGCUGCUCACCAGCCCCAUCGUCAUCUCCGUCUACCUGGCCGACCGCGCCUGGGACGCCGUCGACCCUUCUGGCCACCUCUGCGCCUUCUUCGGCUUCAGCAUGACCGUCUUUGGCCUCUGCCCUCUCUUCAUCGCCAGCGCCAUGGCCGUGGAGCGGACGCUGGCCAUCCGGGCGCCGCACUGGUACGCCAGCCACAUGAAGACGCGGGUGACCAAGACUGUGCUGCUCGGCAUCUGGCUGGCUGUGUUCGCCUUCGCCCUCCUGCCCAUCACCGGCCUGGGCCAGUACACGCUGCAGUGGCCUGGCACAUGGUGCUUCAUCAGCACCAGCGACAGCCAGCUCACAGGAAGCCUCAUCUUCGCCUCCACCUUCGCCGUCCUGGGGCUCCUGUCCCUCGUGGUGACGGUGGCCUGCAACCUGGCCACCAUCGAGGCCUUGGUGUCUCGUUGUCGGACCAAAGCGACUGCCUCGCGCUCCAGCAAGCAGUGGGGACGAAUCGCCAUGGAGACUCUGAUCCAGCUCCUGGGGAUCAUGUGUGUCCUCUCAGCCUGCUGGUCACCACUGCUGAUAACGAUGUUGAAGAUGAUCUUCAGCCACACGUCGUUCGAACGCUGCAGGAGGUUCUCCGGUGAAGCCCAGAGCUCCGAACUGCACAAAGAGUGCAACUUCUUCCUGACAGCCGUGCGCUUGGCCUCGCUCAACCAGAUACUGGAUCCCUGGGUUUACCUGCUGCUCAGGAAGAUCCUCCUCCAGAAGUUCUGCCAAGCGGCCAACGCCGUCUCCAAGUGCUCCAACAACGAGUGGAAGGAGAGAUCCAUCACCUUGUCAGAGGAAAUCCGACGGACAGCGGCGUGAGGGACCCAUUUGCAUGGAAACUGCCUUUGUCAAGGAGUAGUUUCAAAUCUUACUGUGAAUCGGGGCAUCUGUAACCCGUGGUCUGCAUAAGCAGCUGAGGGCACUGAUCAUGCCAAAGAGUUGGUUGUCCAACGUGCCAAAAACUCUCCAGGGCAGAAGAGGGGGUGGGCUUUGUUUCUGCCUUCUGUUACUGCCAUUCAGAGCUGAGGUGCAGAACAUCACCUUUCGUGUGCCUAAAACAGAGUUUGGAAGGAAUUUUCUAGCUUUAAGGUAGAAAAAAAAUGCUUUUCCCAUUGGGGACAUUGGGAACAGGUUCAACAGAUGAAAAUACUGGAGACCCACUCCUAGAUAUAUUUUAGUAUUAAGAUUAUCUACUUCACAGAGUCCUUUCUCCUCUUUUUUUUGUCUGGAGGGACAAGGAGAAAAGGGGUCAAAAAAAUACAAGAAUUGAAGGAAGACAAAACUAGGAGACUUUAUUUGGAUUCCAGUGGCACGAAACUGAAAAGGUUAUGUUGUACCACUGAUGGUAGAUCAUCCUUCUUCAGGGACUGAAGCCAGCACGAGUCCCAUGACACGUGGAUUUGCCCUGACAAGUGCUCAGUCUGUGUGGAUGCUGAAGUAAGCUCAUCUGCUGAGGAGCAUGUGGCACUGGGACAGAUAGCACAAGUGAGAAAUAGAAGCCUGUGAAGUACCCAGGCAUAACAAGUGUUGCUGUUUGCAAAGCACACUAUAAAACUACUUUGAGCAGAUGGAGAGUGAUAAACAGGUUGUAGGAGACAGUAAAUGUUCUUCCUGUAGAUUAAUGGCAAAGGUUUACAAAGCCAAAAAUACCAUUUUCAUGAGUGGUUUUACUUGGAAAUGCACAUGUCCAGGAAUCAAAUCAACAUCAAAUGAUUUCUAAGUAGUGGUGGUGCCAUUCAAAACUUCUUCAUUACUAAAAUGUCCUGCCAAGUGGCCAAAAUAGUAGCCCAAAAUAGCUUAACUUUUCUUUCCUCCAAGAAAUACCAACUUGAGAGAUAAGGCAGCUUUGGGAAUGUUCAAAAUAGAGUAGAAAUGUGUGUGUUAAGCAGCCCUUACUCCCAGGUAACUUGAGGUUUUAUUAGAAAACUGAGUUCUAAUCCGUUUGU